AGCAGUGUGUUUGAUGGAUUCGUCAUAAGUAGAGCACUGCCCACGCCGUGACGCCAAACAUAGCAAAGUUUACAAGCAGAGGAGGAAACCUUUUACACACGCGCUGCAGGUGCCGGAGGUGCGGCUGGAUUGUUCGCUCGCUCGCUACAAGAAAAAGUAUGAGUCAGUGGAAACAAGUCCAACAGUUAGAGGUCAAGUUCUUGGAGCAAGUGGAUUACUUUUACGAUGACAACUUUCCCAUGGAGGUCCGCCAGGUGCUGGCUGCCUGGAUCGAGAGCCAGGACUGGGACACGGCUUCAAACCACGAAUCUAUGGCCGCUGUCCUCUUCAGCAACCUCCUGACCCAGCUGGAGAGGCUGUGCUCGCAGGAGCAGAACUUCCUGCAGAGGCAUAACCUGAAGAGGAUUCACCAGCAGCUGCAGGCGAAAUAUAACUCCAGUCCCUUACAAAUGGCCAGCAUCAUCUCCACCUGUCUGAGAGAGGAGAGGCGGAUAAUAGCCACAGCCAGUGUGCAGGAACAGGGACCUCUGGAGAAGUCCAUGCAGAACUCGGCUGCGUUUGAGAGACAGAAGAACAUGGAUAACCGGGUGGCUGUAAUCCGAAGCAGCGUACAGAUGAUUGAUCAGGCAGUGAAGUACUUGGAGGACAUGCAGGACGACUUCGACUUCCGCUUUAAAACACUUCAGUCUCGAGACCCAGCAGAGAGAAACACUACAUUUGUGAAGCAGGAAGUUAUUACGCUUCAAGAAAUGCUGAACCGACUUGACUUCAAAAGGAAGGAGAUUCUGUCCAAGAUGGUGGAUGUGAUCAAAGAGAUUGACGCGCUGAUGAGCUCGCAGAUGAGCCCUGAGCUGAAUGACUGGAAGAGGAGGCAGCAGAUCGCUUGCAUUGGAGGUCCACAGCUGACUGGUUUGGACCAGCUCCAGAACUGGUUCACUCUGAUGGCGCAGAGCCUGUUCCAGAUCAAACGGCAGCUGGACAAGCUCGGGGAGCUCACCCUGAAGGUGACCUACGACGGAGACCCCAUCACCCAGCAGAAGCCUCAGAUGGAAGAGCAACUCAAAUAUCUCAUCUACCACCUUAUCAAGAGCUCGUUUGUAGUGGAGAAACAGCCCUGCAUGCCCACCCAUCCUCAGAAGCCUCUCAUCAUUAAGACACAGGUGCAAUUCACCACGAAGGUCAGAUUGUUGGUGAAACUACCAGAGGUAGAUUAUCAACUGAAGGUGAAGACCACAUUUGACAAGGACCUCCCUCCAGGCAGAGUGAAUCGGCAAUUCUUCAUAUUGACCAACAAUACCAAAGUGAUGGAUGUAGAGGAAUCCUCCAAUGGUUGCCUCUCUGUGGAAUUCAGACACUUGCAGCUGAAAGAAAGAAAAUAUAUAAAUGGACCAAAAGGAAAUGAGGGUCCUCUCACGGUGACCGAGGAGCUCCACUCCCUCAGUUUCGAGGCCCAGUUCUGCAUGCAGGGCCAAAACAUCGACCUGGAGACCUGCUCCCUGCCCCUGGUGGUCAUCUCCAACGUCAGCCAGCUUCCAGGCGGCUGGGCCUCAGUUAUGUGGUACAACCUGCUGACCGAUGAGCCCAAGAAUCUGGGCUUUUUCAGCAGUCCUCUGCGGGCCAGCUGGGGGCAGCUAUCUGAGGUCCUCAGCUGGCAGUUCUCAACCUUCGCUGGGCGGGGCCUCAACAGAGAGCAACUGAGCAUGCUCGGAGACAAACUGCUGGGUCAGCAGGCUUCUCACGCGGACUGCCAGGUUUCCUGGUCCAGAUUCUGCAAGGAGAACAUUCCCGGGAAGCCCUUCAGCUUCUGGAUGUGGCUCGACUCCAUCCUGGAACUCAUCAAGAAGCACCUGCUGCCCAUCUGGAUGGAAGGGUACAUCAUGGGCUUCGUGAGCAAGGAGACGGAGAGGGCGCUGCUGAAGGAGAAGGAGCCGGGCACCUUCCUGCUGCGCUUCAGCGAGAGCCACCUGGGGGGCAUCACCUUCACCUGGAUGGAGCAGGGGGAGAACGGGGAGCCCAAGUUCAACUCGGUGGAGCCGUACACGAAAAGUCGGCUCAGCGCUCUGCCCUUCGCCGAUAUCAUCCGCGACUACAAGGUGAUCGCCCACGGGAUCGUGCCGGAGAACCCGCUGAAGUUCCUCUACCCGGACAUCCCGAAGGACGAAGCGUUCGGGAAACAUUACAACAGCCAGCCGAGCAAAGCCUUUCCCUACAUCCCCUCAGCUUUCAUUCCCAUCUCGUUACGUCCGCCCCCCUCCUCGUCUCCCGAACCUCCGAUGACGCCUGGGAUGUUCGACAUGCUGAACCAGCACCUGAGCCCCUUUGAGAUAGAGACCGCCAUGAGUUCACCAUACUCGGAAUGGAAAAUGGCUCAGUGGUACCGUUUGCAGCAGAUGGACUCUAAGUACCUGGAGCAGGUUGACCAGCUGUACGAUGACACCUUCCCCAUGGAGGUCCGUCAGUACCUCAGCCAGUGGAUCGAAAGCCAGGACUGGGAGCUUGUGGCAAAUAACGAUUCCUUGGCGACCGUGCGGUUCCAUGACCUCUUGGGCCAGCUGGAUGACCAGUACAGCCGAUUCACCCUGGAGAACAACUUCCUGCAGCAACACAACAUCCGCAAGAUCAAACGCAACCUACAGGACCACUUCCAGGAGGACCCGGUGCACAUGGCCAUGAUCAUCAGCAAGUGCCUACAAGAGGAGCAGAAGAUCCUGGCGUCAGCGGAGAAAACCGAGGACAACAUCGGGAGCACACAGAGCAGCAUGGUGGUGGAGAAGCAGAGGGAGCUGGACGGCAAAGUGAAGGACAUCAAGAACAGAGUCCAGGAAAUAGAGCAAAAGAUAAAAUCUCUGGAGGACCUGCAAGAUGAGCACGACUUCAAGUACAAGUCCCUGCAGAGCAGAGAGCACGAUGUGAACGGGGCGAACCAGAAGGAGGUGAAACGUGAGGAGAUGCUGAUUCGAGAGAUGUUCCUCAGGCUGAAUAUCCACAGAGAGGAGGUGGUGCGUCAGAUGGCGGACGUGCUGAACGCGGUGGAGCAGAUCCAGUACGCCCUGGUCACGGACGAGCUGCCCGACUGGAAACGGCGCCAGCAGAUUGCCUGCAUCGGGGGCCCACCAAACACCUGCCUGGACCAGCUGCAGACCUGGUUCACAACGGUGGCCGAGAGCCUCCAGCAGGUGCGGCAGCAGGUGAGGAAGCUUCUGGAACUGGAGCAGCAGUACACGUACGAGAACGACCCCAUUACCCAGAAGAAGGGCUUCCUGGAGGACCGGGCGCUGAACCUGUUCCGGAACCUCGUCAUCAACUCCAUCGUGGUGGAGAGACAGCCUUGCAUGCCCACGCACCCACAGCGACCCCUGGUGCUGAAGACGGGCGUGCAGUUCACCGUCAAGCUCAGGCUGUUGGUGAAGCUGCAGGAAUUUAACUACCAGCUCCGAGUCAAAGCAUCUUUUGACAAGGAUGUCCCUGAAAAAAACAAGUUGAAAGGCUUCCGCAAGUUCAACAUCCUUGGCACCAGCACCAAGGUGAUGAACAUGGAGGAGUCCAACGGCAGCCUGGCCGCCGAGUUUCGCCAUCUGCAAUUGAAAGAACAGAAGGCCGCUGGUAACAGGACAAAUGAGGGGCCGCUCAUCGUGACGGAGGAGCUGCACUCCAUCAGCUUUGAGACGCAGCUCUGCCAGCCGGGACUCGUCAUCGACCUGGAGAUUACCUCCCUCCCGAUUGUGGUGAUCUCCAAUGUGAGCCAGCUCCCUAGCGGCUGGGCCUCUAUCCUGUGGUACAACAUGCUGUGCACCGAGCCAAAGAACCUGUCCUUCUUCCUCAGUGCCCCCCAGGCCCGCUGGUGCCAGCUGUCCGAAGUGCUGAGCUGGCAGUUCUCCUCCGUCACCAAGCGGGGGCUGAGUGAGGAGCAGCUCAGCAUGCUGGGAGACAAACUGCUGGGUCGAGAGGCGGGCGGAAACCCCGAAGGGCUCAUCCCCUGGACCAAGUUCUGUAAGAGUGAGAAGACCUUCCCCUUCUGGCUGUGGAUUGAGGGAAUUCUGGAGCUGAUCAAGAGACACCUGCUGGCACUCUGGAACGAUGGGCACAUUAUGGGUUUCGUGAGUAAGGACCGCGAGCGGUCGCUACUUAAGGACAGGAACUCCGGGACGUUCCUGCUGCGGUUCAGCGAGAGCAGCCGCGAAGGAGCCAUCACCUUUACCUGGGUGGAGUUCUCCCCCAACGGCGAGCCCCAGUUCCAUGCGGUGGAGCCGUACACCAAAAAGGAGCUCACGGCCGUCUCCUUCCCCGACAUCAUCCGCAACUACAAGGUCAUGGCGGAAGAGAACAUUCCAGAAAACCCGCUGCGCUUCCUGUACCCCAGCAUCCCCAAAGACAGCGCCUUCGGGAAGUACUACAGCCGGCAGACUGAACAAUCGGAGCCCAUGGAUGUGGAGAGCCCCAGCGUACCGGGGUACAUAAAGACAGAGCUGAUCUCCGUGUCGGAAGUUCAUCCUUCUAGAUUUCAAGACACCAUGCUGCCCUUGUCCCCAGAAGACUUUGGUGCACUCACAAAGUUCAUCAACCCCGCGGAGAUCGAGACCGUGAUGUGCAGCGCGUUCCCAAAUUAGACAGACUCCUAUCCGAACCUGGAUCCACCGGGCAAGGAGAGGUUCCUCAUCUUUUCGUUGAUGCUUGGAGUGUGACUCCUGCUGAAAGCAUUGGCUGUAUUAGCCUUCUCUGCAGUGACUUAUGUCUGCUUGUAUUACUGAUGUUACAUUACUUGCACUUGUCUUGUACAGAUACUUGUUUUAAGUAUGCUCAAUCAAAAUCAUUUGCAUGUUGUUUUUUUUUAAAUGUCUGAAAUCCAACAGUUCAGUUCAGUUCAAUAUGUUUGUUUGGUUAUUUUUUUUUCCUCUGAAAAAUCCACAUUGUCAAAUGUUAUUUUUAACUUAUCAUGACGUACUGUAGCAAAAGCAGUAACGGACCCAGGCGCCUAGGGGGCGCUGCUCCACAUUCAGAUGUGUGAAUAUCACUACGUAUGCAAUGCAAAUAAAUUCAUUUGUUUGUGCCUCUGAAA